UUGGCAACUAUAGCAGCUGAUAUUUCAACAGAGUACACACAUCCUUAACAAGGGUGCUUCCUCAGCCUUCCCAGGAACCAACAAAUAUCUCCAAGUUUCCUCUUUGAUGACACCUACUGGAUCUGCUUUGGGGGUCUGUAAAUGCAGGAGAGCUGUCGAAUAAUUAGUGAUGGAAGAAAAAUCCUCAAACAGAACAGCAACAGUACCCCAGUUUACCAAUUCCCCCACGAUGGUGAUCAUGGUGGGUUUACCAGCUCGAGGCAAGACGUACAUCUCCACAAAGCUCACGCGAUACCUAAACUGGAUAGGAACACCAACUAAAGUGUUUAAUUUAGGCCAAUAUCGACGAGAGGCAGUGAGCUACAAGAACUACGAAUUCUUUCUCCCAGACAACAUGGAGGCCCUACUUAUCAGGAAGCAAUGUGCCCUAGCAGCCCUGAAGGAUGUUCAUAAAUAUCUCAGCUAUGAGGAAGGUCACGUUGCGGUUUUUGAUGCCACCAACACUACCAGAGAACGACGGUCACUAAUUCUGCAGUUUGCUAAAGAACAUGGUUAUAAGGUCUUCUUCAUUGAGUCCAUUUGUAAUGAUCCUGACAUCAUUGCAGAAAACAUCAAGCAAGUGAAACUUGGCAGCCCUGAUUACCUAGACUGUGACCAAGAAAAUGUUUUAGAAGAUUUUCUAAAAAGAAUUGAGUGCUAUGAAGUCAACUACCAACCCCUGGAUGAUGAACUGGACAGCCACCUGUCCUACAUCAAGAUCUUUGAUGUGGGCACACGCUACAUGGUGAAUCGAGUUCAGGACCACGUUCAGAGUCGCACAGUCUACUACCUCAUGAACAUCCACGUCACCCCACGCUCCAUCUACCUGUGCCGGCAUGGUGAGAGUGAACUCAACCUCAGAGGCCGCAUCGGAGGUGACUCUGGACUCUCAGCUCGGGGCAAGCAGUAUGCCUAUGCCCUUGCCAACUUCAUUCAGUCUCAGAACAUCAGUUCCCUGAAGGUAUGGACCAGCCACAUGAAGAGGACCAUCCAGACAGCAGAGGCCCUCGGUGUUCCAUAUGAGCAAUGGAAGGCCCUGAAUGAGAUUGAUGCGGGUGUCUGUGAAGAGAUGACCUAUGAAGAAAUCCAGGAACACUAUCCUGAAGAAUUUGCACUACGGGACCAAGAUAAAUAUCGCUACCGCUAUCCCAAGGGAGAGUCCUAUGAGGAUCUGGUUCAGCGUCUGGAGCCAGUUAUAAUGGAGCUGGAGCGACAGGAGAAUGUUCUGGUGAUCUGCCACCAGGCUGUCAUGCGGUGUCUCCUGGCGUACUUUCUGGAUAAAAGUUCAGAUGAGCUGCCCUAUCUUAAGUGCCCUCUACACACAGUUCUCAAACUCACACCUGUGGCUUAUGGCUGUAAAGUGGAGUCCAUCUACCUGAAUGUAGAGGCUGUGAACACACACCGGGAGAAGCCAGAGAAUGUGGAUAUCACCCGGGAACCCAAGGAAGCCCUGGAUACCGUCCCUGCCCAUUACUGAGCCUUUUCCAAGAGUUCAAACUGCCUCUGUGCUCACUGCCUCCCACCUGUAGGACAGCUGUACCUGCUAUUCUAGCCUUAGCCUCAAUGAGAGAACACUAGCUAUAAUGUACAAGUCCUCAGCAAUUCCCAAACAAGUCUCAAUUCCUAGGCACAAUUAAAGAGCCUACCUAGCUGUAGAUCAAACUAUCUUAAUUUCUAUUUUCUGAUGAAUAAAGACUUCGUACUGCCUGUU